AUGGGAGCUACACCCUUUAUGGAAAGAAUCCUAAGAGCAAAACUCCCCAAAGGCUUCGACAAACCUACCGAUAUGAAGUACGAUGGAACCAAGGAUCCCCAGGAACAUCUAACGGCUUUCGAGGCCAGAAUGAACCUAGAAGGAGCGGCCGACGCAGUCCGAUGCAGAGCCUUCCCAGUAACCCUUGCGGGGCCAGCGAUCAAAUGGUUCAACGCCCUCCCAAACGGACCCAUAGCCAGUUUCCACGAUAUAACACGACAGUUCAUGGCACAGUUCACCACUAGGAUCACUAAAGCCAAACACCUCAUCAACCUACUGGGGGUCACACAAAAACAAGAAGAAUCCACAAGAAAAUACCUCGACCGCUUCAACGACGAAUGUCUAACGGUCGACGGACUCACGGAUUCUGUCGCAAGCCUUUGUCUAACCAACGGAUUCAUGAACGAAGAUUUUCGCAAACACCUUACCACCAGACCGGUAUGGACCAUGCAUGAGAUCCAGAACCUCGCCAAAGACUACAUCAAUGACGAAGAAGUCAGCCAGGUCGUCGCCGCCAACAAACGAGAAAAUCAAAAGGACCACCCCAGACCAACAAACACAAGCCAACCACCGAGAAUAGGCAAAUUCUCUAAUUACACGCCCCUAACAGCACCAAUUACCGAGAUCUACCACCAAAUAGCAGACCGAGGCAUCAUUCCGAAAGCCCGACAACUCAAAGAAAGGGCGGGAGGCAACAAAACCCUCUACUGCGACUACCACCGAGGUUACGGUCACAAAACACAAGAUUGUUUUGACCUUAAAGACGCCCUCGAACAAGCCAUACGAGACGGCAAACUCCCAGAAUUUGCCAAAAUUAUCAGAGAACUAAGACGUGUGGAAAGAGACAGGUCGUCAGAAAGAGAAGGACGAAACCCGAGAGCACAAAAGCAACCCCCCAGGGAAAGCCCAGAGGAAGACCCGACCAUCAUAGUAAACGUCAUCACAGGCAAGGACGUGUCGAGCAAGUCAAAACUAACAAUGAAAAAAGAUCUCAAAGUAAUGGCUGUCAGAAACCAAGCUCCAACCACUGCGACCCAUAAUACGAUAACCUUCUUACCAAAGGAUUGCCAGCACGGCACCUCGACCGAAGAUGCCCCGUUCGUCAUCUCGGCUAGAAUCGGAACAGGACUAGUGCGAAGGAUACUGGUGAAUACCGGAGCAGACUCGAACAUCAUUUUCCGAGGAGCCUUCGAUAAACUCGGGCUCCACAACGACAACCUCCAAACACACCGCAACGGCGUCACAGGACUCGGAGACAACUUUCUCAAACCAGAUGGCCCAAUCACCCUUCCCAUCACCAUAGGAGCGAGCAACCAGAAGAAGACAAUCCUAUCUGAAUUUGUAGUCCUAAAAGACUCCACGGCCUACAACGUGAUUCUCGGAAGAAAAACAAUCAAUGACUUCUCCGUAGUCAUCUUCACCAAAUACCUCCUCAUGAAGUUUAGAGCCGACGACGGCUCCGUCGGUACCAUCCACGGGGACCGAGAAAUCGCAGCCGAAUGCGACAACACCAACCUAGCCCUAAGAAAGAAAUUCCGAGAUGCGGCUGGGAUAUUCCUAGCCGAUCUGGAUGCCCGACAAGACGGCCAACCCAGGCCAGAGCCAGAAGGAGACAUGGAAAAACUACAAAUAGGGCCAACCAAAGAAGAAUACACCUUCAUCAAUAGGAACCUCCCAUAUGAUCUUAAAGAAGAUCUCUCCCAACUCCUGAAACAAAACAGAGACCUGUUCGCAUUUACACCAUCCGACAUGCCGGGAAUAAACCCCGACCUAAUGUCUCACCAUCUAGCCGUAGAUCCCAAAGCCAAACUAGUGGCACAAAGGAGACGAAACUCGAGGCCAACUUCAUCCGGGAACUCCCCUACACGACCUGGCUAG